UGAGGUUUAUUUAAAAUGCGAAUUGUGAGAAACUAUUUUCUUUUCAAUAAGUGAAUUUAAAAGGUACCUUUUAAAUAAAUAUGGGGUUCUUAGUGACUUUGUGUGUUCUAAUCAUUCUUGCGAAUCAUCCUAUAUGGUGUCGGGAAUAUGAAGAAUGUCGGGGCAUUACUGAACCUGACACUGUUGUGGCAAGUAAGAAAAGUUGUGCCAAAUAUAUAUUUUGUGAUGGUGAAAAUUCCUAUGAAGGAGAAUGUUUAGCUGGCAAUUAUUUUAACGAAUUGGAGGGAAAUUGUGAUGAUCCGGAAAAUGUUAAAUGUGAUAUUGAACCGAAUGAUGAUGUUAAAAGUAUAUAUGAUGAAGAUUUUAAUCAUAAAGAAAAUGAAACCGAAACUACGGUUGAAGACGGUGAUGAUAAUGAAAAUGUGACAGAUGUGGAUAUAACAGAAAUCGAUGACUUAGAGGAGAUAAAAGGAAAUGUCUUUAAUAUUAACAGUGAAAUGCAACAGCAAACUAUACCCAAAUGUCCACAAUUAAAUGGUUUUCAUAACAUCAAACACAUUGCCAAUACCGAAUCGUGCGUAGCGUUUUACACAUGUUACAAUGGUAAUGCCAUACCCAUGUUGUGUCCGGGUAAAAUGUAUUUCAAUGAAGAGUCGGGUAAAUGUGAACCACAAAUGCCUGAAAGUUGCAAAUCUAGAUUUUCGGUGCGUUUGAACUGCCACAAGGGAGUAUACGACUUUGUGCCUCAUCCUUAUCGUUGUGAAUACUAUUUUUAUUGUCUGAAUGGUUUUUUAAUGAUUAUGCGUUGUCCAUAUGAUUUCACCUGGCAUUAUGAACGUGGUACUUGUGUUCACAAAUCUAAAUCGAAAUGUUAUUUUGAAAAAUCUGUUAUCUAUAACAGAGAUAAUUAAAAACAAACGAUUCUGUUGUGUCUGUGUUUUUUUACGUUUUUUUUUAUUACACUGUAGUAUAUUUAUACUGAAUUUAAAUUUGCCUCCAAUAAAAAGUGAUUGCUUUACUUUUUGCACGUA